UGUAGUCCACUGUAUUUUUCUCUUCUUCCGCCGAAAUUAAAUUUGUUGAAUAAUUGAAGAGGACAAAAAUUUUAAAAUAAUUGUGCUGCAUUUGGGCAAUGAACGCAUACGUUAAUCGUAUCGAGGACAAACACGUUUAGACACAAGGACAGGCCCAAACAACUCUUUGAAUCAUACAAGUAUUGUAGUGUACGAAAACAUCACACCCAACCAACCAACAUUAUAACCAUCACUACCAUCUUCCACCACCACCACCAAUACCAAAAAACAACUACUGCUACUACAACUUCCACCACCGUCACAACCAAAAACAACUUUCCGGUCCAAGGUUAUUGUGCGUCUACGCCUUAGCGGAGGCGCUAGUUCGGUUGACAAUUAGAAACAACACCAUUAAGAAACAGAACCGAGCCUUUCCAUGCACCAUGGCCAAGAUGUAUGGAAAGGGUAAGACGGCUAUCGAGUCAGAGGAUCAACAAAAAUUGCGAUGGCAAGUUGAACUUGAAUUCGUACAGUGUCUAGCCAAUCCAAACUACUUGAACUUUCUAGCCCAGCGCGGUUAUUUCAAGGACCAAGCCUUUAUUAAUUAUCUCAAAUAUUUGCAGUAUUGGAAAGAGCCUGAAUAUGCUAAAUACUUAAUGUAUCCAAUGUGUUUAUACUUUCUUGAUCUCUUACAAUACGAACACUUUCGACGUGAAAUUGUCAAUUCGCAAUGUUGCAAAUUUAUCGAUGAUCAAGCCAUUUUGCAGUGGCAACAUUAUACUCGUAAACGCAUUAAAAUGUUUAACAGCGUCAAUGGUAUGGGUCAGAUGAAUGCUGCUGAUCCAGGUGCUAUAGAUCCACAACAACAGCAACAGCAAAAUGCGCAGCAAAAUCAACAACAACAAGGACAACAACAACCGGGCGUUGGAAAUGCACCUGUAGGUUUACAAAAUGGCAUGGUUAAUAAUGCACAGUUGCAGCAACAGCAGCCACCACAACAAGCACAACAACAACCACAGCAGAGUAUUGGCAAUGCAGCAAUGGGUAUGCCUAAUGGAACUAAUGCUGCCGCUAAUAGUAAUAACUGAGCGUGAUGCGAAAAGAUUUAAAUCUGUCUUUCUCCAAUUAGUUAUUCAUCGGCAUGGCUAGUUCGUAUUUCUAUGGUGUGUAUUUGCUCUGCAGCCUGAAUCCUGAUAAACGCUUCGCCGGGCGUUGCUAUAUAGGCUUCACUGUGGACCCUAAUCG